AUGUUUGACACCCUGCCAAGCGAAAUUCUCUAUCAUAUCGCUGAUUUUUUACCACCCAACAGUGUAUGCGCCGUGGGCCGGGUGUCCCGCCGGCUUCAUGCCAUAUUUACUCCGAUCGUUUACCAAUCCAUCACACUCCGUGCUACGAACGAAUGGGCGCUCAAUGUGCUCGACGUCAACUCUUUUUUCCUCCACCAUGACUAUGGCAGGGCGCAGGACUGCUUGAGACACACCAGGUAUCUUUGCAUCCAAGCACCGAUUCAAUUGGUCCGUUUCAGUCGGUGCGCUUACUACAGUAUCUUCCGGAUGACUGGGAUGGACGGGUGCUCGCCUGAUGCCAUGAGCGAGGUAGUCGCUCACAAGCAAUUCUUGAGGGACCUGGAGCUCCAAGUCUCGCAGAUAUUCUCAUGCCUUAAUCCGCAUAGCCUUCGUACCUUCGAAUGGAAACUCGGCACAUGUGUUCCCACCAGUAUCUUUGGGGCCGACGGAUAUCUUGCUCGAUACCAGCCACAUAUCGAACACUUGAACCUUCUUACGGAUGGCACCUGUUUCCACGCCCGGCACGGUCUUGGAGGGCUGUCGCAGCUCCGAACCGUGAAAGAUCUGAAGUGGGAUGGUAUCCAGCAUCGAGAAGAGGUAGAAUCACUGCGAGGGUGUCUUCGAUGUAAUCAUUCGCAUCUUGAAAGCCUCUCCGUUGGGUUUACCCCAUCUGCAUUUGCCAACUCCCUAUCUUGGAACCAUCUUGUCGGGCUAGGGCCGGGCGAUGGAGUCUGCCGCACGCCGACGUCAAUGACGUUCCCCGGCCUGACUCAAUUAUCUUUAUCACAAAUCACACUACCGUCGCAUUUUCCAUCUGAUGAAUGUUUCACAUUCCACACGCUACGCUCCUUGAGUUUGCGCCACUGCCCUAACCAGCUUCGCUUACUUCAUUUGCUAUCAAAGGAGCCAGACAAAAUACAGCUCGACUCGUUGGAGAGUUGUUUUGAUUUUUUGCAAGACGAUCACCGACAUGCCAAUGCGAUUAGUCAAUUUCUUCUUUCCUUUAAUGGGCUCCGCAAUCUUUACUUGCAUAUGUCAAAUUUCCCGCCUCUGGGUUCAGACUUCGUGGAAGGGAUCCGUGCGCAUCGAGCCACUCUGAAAUGGCUUGUGUACCAUGAGCGACAACUGGCGCCACUAGAUGACAGUGGACUAUUUGAGGAGGAUCGCGAUGUUAGCCCGAACUGGGUCGGCGAACUUGAUCACGCGAUUGAUCAGCGCCAAGUUACCUUCCUGGCACUAUCUAUAUGUCCGAGAGCUGCCCGAACAUGUCUCGAGCCAGCCCGAGAACACUCCCAGCUUCAACUCUUGCAUCUACGGUUUAGCGGACCUGAGAGAUUGCAUCUUAACCUCGCUCAGGAAAUCAGAGCACUCCUCUUGGAAAUACAGCGGGCAAAUUCCGUUGGGGUUUGUGCGCCCGGCAGUUACUUCCAGGGCGACAACCUCGAUACCCACGAUCCAUCUCGCUCAACCCACAUAGCUUCCCUUCAGAGCAGCGCACUCCCGCACUUGGCCGAGGCAAAGGCAUUCCUAUCAUUUGCAACCUGGGCAUUCAGUCCGCAAGGAAUACCGUCCUUGAAGGCGCUGGCAUUCGGAGACUUCUCCCAUGAAGAUCGCUACGAAGCCCAACGCUUCUUGAUUCGGCGUCGAGAUCCGUCGAAGGAAUCUCAAGCAACCAGUGAGUAUCCCGAUUUUGUACCGUUCGAAGUAGCGGAUCUGGAUACCUGGGAAGGCUUCCUGGGUGACGGCGCCCGUUUCCUUGCUGCAUGCCCGGGUGGUGGUUUGAUGGAGUCGCCUUACGAUUUUUGA